CUACAGCUGUAGGCGCACAAUGGUUCAGCAGUUGUUGCAGUUCAGCAGCAAUGGUUCAGCAGUUUCAAUGGGGUGUGGAAUCGAAAGUUGACAUGGACCAUGGGGUGCACUGCUCCGAGCCCAAAGAAGAUCCUGAAUAUCCACGGGAUGGUCGAAAGAUAUGCCUGAUUAUCUGUGUUCAGGAAACUUCGCAAGCAUUGCGGCUCAAGAAAGCACACCAGACUACGCAGCGAGAAGAAAAGAAGGAUGUAAUUCAAAAGGCAUUCAAUGGAUUAGGAUACGAAUGUCGAGUGCUCCAGGACCCUCGAGACAUCACCCGCAAAGCCAUCAUGGAUGAACUAUCUAAGUACCAGUACCAGUGGGAAGACAUUUCCCAUUUCGUCUGCUGGCUCCUGACGUACCACACUGAUGGUCCUCAUUUCUACGCACACGACAAACCAAUCAGCUUGAAGGACAUCACCGGGUCGUUCCUGGGCAGCACUUUUGAAACACUUGCAGGAAAACCAAAGCUAUUUUUCGUUGACAGUGCGUACGUGGAGUGCAAGAAAGAAGAUCAACUUGCUCACAGGGAGUGUCCAGGACAAAGACAGGGCUCUUAUCUCAUACCAACUACGGCUGACUUCCUAAUAGGAUUCUCUCCAUUUGGUCAAGAAGAGACCAAGUACGCGGAGGUCGUUUGCCAAGCGGUGGAAGACCAUGUGAAAGGGGAUCUUGGAGACAACUUCAUCACUGCACUCGAUGUGACAGCCAACAAACUUGAGCGAAAUGACGUGACCAGUACCUACAUCAGCACAUUGACGAAGACUUUCUCCAUGUCUCGCCAGCGAUGAGGAGAUGGGUGACGUCGGAGCAGACUUCAUCAACAGCUCUCGUUACUUUAGGGCUAUUAAUUACGGUCUUGCAGUGUUUUAUUUUUUUUGGGAGGGGGAGGGGGUUAGGGUAGAUACUCGUGAAUGUGGGCUUCGCUUUCAAUGAUGACAGGUGAAGUGAAAUCUCAAUACACGGUACCUCGUCUUUAUAAUGUCCCCCGCAGAGGAUGGCAUGCCUCGGCAACUUGUACAUUAACACCGUUUAGCAGUUAUCUUCAGCCGUUAUCAAACCCGCAGAAAUGGGAAACCACCGCGAUCUUCUGUAGUGCGGUAUGAACUAUGCAAAAAUGCCAAAUCUCCCUGCGUUCGGCAGAGUUCCGUUUUAUGUAGGACCGCUUUCUCGUCCCCCCCUCGCAGUGUCACAUACGCUCGUGGCGAAUUCCGCUUAUCGUUUUUGUGCAACACGAGGUUCGGCGGCCAGUACUGUAAGCCAGUGGACAUCGCCAUUUGUCUACUGACUGGCUGCAUCCACGCUGUCGACUGCCGAGAAAGGUGUCCCUAUCGCCCCUUCUUUCUGUUUGUUCGUUGUCUCGCCCUAUUUCGUAGACAUGGUGCUCCCGGAACGAUACUACCAAUUAGCAAACUAAGGAUAACAAUAAGCGAAAGGAACAGGCACCACAAACCCUCAAGGAACCUGCAGAUUGAUGGGGCGGAACACAUGGUACUCCACCUCCGUGGGACUCCAAAUAUUAACCAUCGAUUAACCAACAUCCGCCUGCACAGCAGCGCACUUAGAGGCCCAUUUAAGAUCCGACAGGCACUUAGAAGAAGCACUUAGAGGUCCGCCUGUCAGACUCAAAACCUGUUUUAAUAUGGUAUCCUACAGGUACUGGAAUAAAGAUUCAUUGCAAAAAUAA